GUUCGGCCACAAAGGGUCCAAUGAACAGCGAUCGACCAUCUCCAGACGACGGUUUCCAUGUCGUCCCCAUCCACAGUGACUCGGAUAACCACAUCCACCGCAACUCGGAUCGCCAGCGGGAGCUGAUCCUCCAGAACUCCCAGACGAGUCCCUGUUGCAACCGGGAUCUCCGCAAUCAGCCGCAGGCAAAUGCAGUGGGAGCUGCUGCCCUGAUCUUCCUGUCCGGUGGCCUUCACAUUGCCUGGAGCAUUGGUUUUGACUCUGUUUUUGCAGAACUGGAAGUUACUAACCAUGUUCGGAUCUGCUGGUUUAUAGCUGCCAUUAUUGGGGCUCUAUUGGGUGGAUUCUUCAGUAGAUGGUUCCCCUACAAAGUACUAAUGGAAUUCUGUUCCCUGCUCACUCUCACCGGCGGAAUAGUGAUGGCUGUGAAUGGACUGGAUCUCGAUGCCCUGCUGGCGGGGAGGUAUUUGAAUGGACUGGCCAACGGUCUGGCCAUUGCACCCACCUUGGCGAUGGCCGGUGAGCUGUCGGUGUUCUAAAGGGGCACCCACACCUCGGCGGCGGAACAGUGGCCCACAACGAUUGGAAUCUUCGUGCAGAUCGUGUGCAGCAAGAGUUGGGAUCCGCAGAGUGAGUUCACGGAGGAGCAGUUUCAGGGCGCGAUGAGUGGAGUUCUGGGCGGCAUAGCCCUGCUGCUGGCCUUCCUGCUGUCCAUCGAAUCGCCGGUGGAUCUGCUGGAGCAGGGCGACGAACAGGGGGCCAUCCAGGCGCUGAGCAGGCUGCAAAGACCACGGGCCGUGACGGCCGAGACCUACGAUCAGGUGAGGGAUCAUCGCACCUACCUGCAGCACCACAGAUCCCUCGGCUGGCGACAGGCCCUCCCCGCCCUCCUUAGACUCUCGGUUAUGAGGGCUCUCUAUGCCCUUAGUCUGAGUAUGGUGGUGGCCUUCACAUUGGCCUGGACGAGCACAGCGGUCUACGGCGAGAGUUCGGGGCCCUAUGUGCUCUUCGGCUUCCUGCGACUCGUCUUCAGCUGCUCGGGGGCCUUCGCUUUGGACUCCCUGGGCCGGAAGAUUCCCCUGCUCCUGGGACUCGUAAUCUCCGGAGGUCUGUGCUUUGGACUGGCCAGCCGAUUCACGGGCAGCUUGCUGCUCACUUUGUCGGACAGUCGAAUGGCCCUGUGGCUGCUGCUCAUCUUCCAACUGUUCGCCGGCCUGGCCUUCGCCCCCGGCUCAUCGUAUCUCUCGGAGGCCUUUCCGCGUCGCCUCAAGAGGACCUGCAUUGCCCUCUGCUACGCCACGGAGAUGCUGGUCCAGCUGCUCGUCUGCCAGGUAGAUCUCAGUGCGUUUGGCAGUGACGCCGGCUACGUGGCCCUCUACUUCUUCAGCCUGGGCGGCCUCCUUCUCGCAGGAUUCCUCUUCUGCGUUUGGUAUAUGCCCGAGACGAAGGACACCACCCUGCUGCAAGCUCAAUUUAAGUUCCAGGAAUUCGUCAUUCCGCCCGCCUGAAAGUAGGCAACUCGAAAGGAAACUAAAGACUAGCCAACAACCCCGUAGAAAAUAGCUAACAAAUAAAUCUGAAAUCUUUAAAACAAA